ACAGGAUAACUCCCUCCUGGAAAAGCUAGGGUACUCUGCAACUUCGCGGGAAGAAACCCUCGUUUCUCUAUUGCACCACAGAAGGACAUGAACAAUGGUUCCUCUUCCAAAAUGCACGGUCCUGAUCAACCUGAAAUAAGUGGGUCCUCCCCCAAAUCCCUGCGCAUCAAAAUGGGCAAACCGGAAGACAGUGAAAAGAAGAUUUUUCAUAAGAAACUCAAAGAUGUUGAGAUUAGUGUUCCGAUAGUGUAUGGCAAUAUUGCAUUCUGGCUCGGUAAGAAGGCGAACGAGUACCAAUCACACAAGUGGACUGUGUACGUUCGUGGGGCAACCAAUGAGGAUCUUGGAGUGGUGAUAAAACGUGCUGUUUUUCAGCUGCAUUCCAGUUUCAGUAAUCCCACAAGGGUGGUUGAGUCACCACCAUUUGAAUUGUCAGAAUGUGGCUGGGGUGAAUUUGAAAUCGCCAUUACGCUUUUCUUCCACAGUGAUGUUUGUGAUAAGCCAUUAAACUUAUUUCAUCAUUUGAAGUUGUACCCAGAGGAUGAGUCUGGUCCUAUGUCGACUAAAAAGCCCGUUGUUGUGGAAUCAUAUGAUGAGAUUGUGUUCCCUGAGCCUUCAGAAGCUUUAUUGGCUCGUGUGCAGAAUGAGCCAGCUGUAGUCGUUCCAAGACUACCUGCUGGCGUUGCUUUGCCUCCACCUGUGCCAGUUGAGGAUCCAAGUAAGAGAAAGAGAGGGGACACUAAAGAUCAUCUCCUAUGCCAGUGGUUCACGAACUUUUCAGAAGCAGAUGAGCUGCUACAACUUGCAGCAGCUCGUCAGCAGGUUCAAGCUCAUAUUGCUAAAUUCCGAAGAGAGAUGACUCUUCUAGAGGGUAAGAAUAAACAAGUGAAUUCUGUCUCCGACCAGUGACUGUACAUUAUCCUGCAGAUUUAUGAAGAUUCCAGUUCCAAAUUGGUUCCGGGGUAGAUACAUUUGAAUUACUCGCAGCAGAUGCACAUGAUGGCACGCAAAUGUAGUGCCUACAUGUAUAUUCUCAGCUAUGGCGAGUUAUUGUACUUUCUCAUUUUCCUUUUUGUUUAUCUCUCUUUUACGUAAAUUUGUUGUCUUGUUCAUUUGCAAUGCGGCAUCUAUCGGUAAACAAUUUAAAGGAGGAACAUAAAAGGUGUAUCUUUUAAUAUCUUUUAUGCCAAGAAAAGUGAGAAUUUUGGUUUA